AUGUCCCACCAAAAAGACCAAUUUCCUACUACAAAAAAGUGGAAGGCCUUAUUAAAACUUUUUUGUGACAACAUUCCUUUAGCUACCAACUUCAGCCUCUUCUUUCCCUACCAAAACACCUUCACUGGAGAACAAGCACAAUUAUGUAUUUACAAAAUUUCGCCUCAAUUUUUUGAGAAAGCAAAUUGCACGAUGCUAACCGCUAAGAAUACUUGCUGUUGUUAUUUAAAAGAUUAUAAAUAUAUUUUGAACGCGAAAAAUGAGAGGGAUUUGGGGUUUGAUGAGAAGAUGUUGUACAGAUUAAACUGGCCUGUAAUUAAUGACACAUUGGAAGGGUUUGAGUUGGACCCUCUUCCUUCAAGUUCUUUUACGGCUUUCAAUUCAGUCGGAAGAGCCAGUUCUUUAAGAGGUUCUGAUGACACUGAAAGAAGGGAAACACCUGUUUGCAAAAAAUCCACAUCUGUGAGAGAUUUGGUAGGAAGCUUUUUAAGCAGAUCCUCAUCCGAAAGAAGAUCUCCUAGCCCAGCAAUAACAAAUAAAAGAAGUGACCCAAAAUUUUUGGACAAAAACAUUCUGAAGGAAAACAACAAUUCAACAAAUACUUCAAGAGGAUACAAUUUUAAUAAUAAGCCAAAAACCUCAAAAAGUAUUUGGACAAAUGAUUAUAAUCGACAAUAUAGAGAGGUGAGGUUUGAAAAAGAAAUUUUAGGGAAAAGGAGAGGGAGGGAGAGGGUGAGGGAUGUCAUUGGGUAAAAGGAAAAAGUUGGGUAGGAUUUUGGAUCGAAAAAUUGCCCAGGCUUUAGAUAGGGGUAUUUGGAUAAUUUGCAAUAUCCCCUGGCAUAGGG